CGUAGAUGAGUCUCGACCUUCUCACGCAACAGCAUCAGAAACGAAAAUGGCUGAAGAAGAGGUCGAGCAAACUUCUGGCAUUCUUCAGGAAAUUUUCACUUCGCCUCUGAACAUUAGCUUGCUAUGUCUCUGUUUAUUCCUUUUGUACAAAAUCGUUCGCGGAGACAAGCCUGCAGACUUAGGCCCAGUUGAAGAGCCGCUGCCUAAACUAAAGAAAAUAGAUUUUACUUUAGCAGAACUGCAGGAAUACGAUGGACUGAAAAACCCCAGAAUCCUGAUGGCUAUCAACGGGAAAGUGUUUGAUGUCACGAGAGGAAAGAAGUUCUACGGACCAGAGGGCCCUUAUGGGGUCUUUGCGGGCCGAGAUGCAUCCAGAGGACUGGCCACGUUCUGUUUGGAGAAGGAGGCCUUGAAAGACACUCAUGAUGAUCUUUCAGAUCUCAAUGCUAUGCAGCAGGAGAGCCUGAGCGAGUGGGAGACCCAGUUCACACAGAAAUAUGAUUACGUUGGGAAGCUUCUUAAACCUGGAGAAGAACCGACAGAGUACACAGACGAUGAGGAAGUCAAGGACAAAAAGAAGGAUUAGAACACUGAGAUCACAGAUUAUGUUAGAUAUAUGAUGUAGUUUUGUUGCAGUCACAUUUUGCUGAUAGCUAGACAGCAACCUCCAUGUCAUUUUAUAUACAUCACUGUGACGUUAAUUAGCCCGCCAUACGUUCAUAAACAGAAUUUCAUAUCACUGUGUUCAUUAAACUAAUGUAGGAUAUGUUAUAUCUACAGCAACUGUGUCUCAUAAUCAUGUCAUUUGAAGAAUUCUUGGUAAAUUAUAUUCUUCAGGAAUAUAUGGUUUCCUGUAAAUAUAGAACACAAUUUCUCAUCUAAA